AUGCCGAGGAGCACAUACAUCGCCGAAGAGAAGAAGAUGCCAGGACACAAACCUAUAAAGGAUAGGUUGACCCUCGCCCUGUGUGCCAAUGCGAGUGGCGACUGCAAAAUAAAGCCACUACUCGUAUACCAUUCGGAGAACCCCAGAGCCUUUAAAGCACACAAGAUAAUAAAGGAGAAACUCCAUGUUAUGUGGAGGGCAAACCCUAAGGCGUGGGUCACCAGGCAGUUCUUUAUCGACUGGGUAAACCUUGUGUUUGGUCCUUCAGUGAAGAAAUAUUUGAAGGACAACAACCUGCCCCUGCGAGCCCUUCUCGUCCUCGAAAAUGCUCCUGCACAUCCACCACAGAUCGAGGAAGAAAUACUCGACGAGUAUAAUUUUGUGAAGGUUCUCUACCUUCCUCCAAACACCAACCCUAUCCUCCAGCCAUUGGACCAACAGGUAAUAUCAAAUUUCAAGAAACUCUACACCAAGCACCUGUUUCGCCGUUGCUUUGAGGUGACGGAGAACACAAACCUCACCCUUCGAGAGUUUUGGAAGGAGCAUUUUAACAUAGCAAUAGGCCUCAAAAUUAUCGAUAUUGCCUGGCAGGGAGUUACAAAAAGGACCUUGACCUCUGCUUGGAAGAAGCUGUGGCCUGAAAAUGUGGCUGAAAGAAAUUUUGAAGGGUUUGAGAUUGAGGAAGAAGAGGAGUCGGUGGAGGAAGAGAUCUUGUCCAUUGGCAAGACUAUAGGUCUGAAGGUGGAUGAAAGAGACAUCGAGGAACUCGUUGAGGAGCACUCCGAGGAACUCGUUGAGGAGCACUCCGAGGAACUUACGACUGACGAGUUAAAGGAGUUACAAGAGCAACGGCACACAGAAGCAUUAACUGAAGCUACUUCGGAGGGAGAGGUGACAGAGCCGGAGAUAAUCAGUACAAAAGACCUCAAGGAUAUUUUAGCAAUGUGGGAGAGGGUGGCAGGUUUUGUUGAAAAGAACCAUCCUGAAAAAAUUGCAACAAGUCGUGCGACAGAGCUUUUCAACGACACGUGCCUACAUCAUUUCAGAAACAUUCUCAAAGGGAGAAUGAAAUAG